CCACGAGAAGAGCUCUGACCGUCCAACAUCAUGUCCUCAGACGUCCAGCUGCGUGACCAAACGGACCGACUGAGAACCUGCGACCGGGAGAGCAGACACCCCACCGGCGACAGGAGCGACUGAGAGCAGGCGGCCCCUCAGGGCUCAGACGCUCCAUCAGGAAUAUAGAGGUGUAAAUGAGCAUAAGGCCGAAGCCAUCACAGCGGCAGUGUGUGUAUGACAGCAGAGAAAUGAGAGAGGAUGAAAGUGGUCGCUCAGGGGCGAGACAGCACAGGACUGGUGUCAGAAGUUAUACAUCCUGCCCAUAGUGAACUGACCGACUAUACCCGAGUCUGGGCACCAUGGAUACAAUUAACUUCACCUUCUGGAAUGCCUCUGAGGCCAACGAGACCAUGGAGACGGUGGACGAGAGUCCGUAUAAGACUGUGGAGGUGGUGUUCAUUGUACUAGUGGCCGGCUCGCUUAGUCUGGUCACUGUAAUCGGGAACAUCUUAGUCAUGCUCUCCAUCAAGGUAAACAGGAGUCUGCAGACCGUCAACAACUACUUCCUGUUUAGCCUGGCCUGUGCUGACCUCAUCAUUGGCCUUUGCUCUAUGAACUUGUAUACAGUCUACAUUGUGAUUGGAUACUGGCCACUUGGCCCAGUCGUGUGUGAUUUGUGGUUGGCGCUGGACUAUGUGGCGAGCAACGCCUCCGUCAUGAACCUGCUCAUCAUUAGCUUUGAUCGCUAUUUUUGCGUCACCAAGCCACUCAGCUACCCGGUGAAGAGGACAACCAAAAUGGCAGGCAUGAUGAUUGCGGCAGCUUGGGUGUUGUCCUUCAUCCUCUGGGCACCGGCCAUCUUGUUCUGGCAGUUUAUUGUCGGUGGACGCACAGUGCCAGAAAAAGAGUGUUACAUUCAGUUCUUCUCCAAUGCUGCGGUUACUUUCGGCACAGCUAUAGCCGCUUUCUACCUGCCCGUUAUCAUUAUGAUGGUUCUGUACUGGCAGAUAUCCCGUGCUAGCAAGAGCCGGGUCAAGAAAGAUAACCGCAAGCCAUCAGGCGGAAACCUUGAUGUAGCUUCGCCCAGUCAGACUCGUGAAAACACGACCAACAAACCCAAAAAACCCAACAACAACAACGUAACAGCUGAAGAAGCAGACCGUCGUCAGACCCAGAUAACAGAUGACGCAGCCAACCAGCACAAUGCCAAACUUCAGAAUGGCAAAGCGCCAUCCACAGCUAGUGGAGAAGUGGAAGGGGAGGGUGAAGAGGGAGUACGAGGAAACUGCGUGCCCGCCGAGGAAAAAGAAAGCUCCAAUGACUCCACCUCCGGAAGUGGCGCCAUAACCAAUCAGAAAGAGGAGGCAGCACCAUCUACAGCCAACGACAGCCAAGGUCCUGCAAGGCAUCGCUCUAAGGCUGGAGGUUCCAAACUUACGUGCAUCAAGAUCAACACCAAAUCGCCAAAAGGAGAUUGUUACGCUGCCUCGAACGCUACCGUGGAGAUCGUUCCGGCUGUAGAGAGGCAGAACCACGUGGCGAGGAAGAUUGUGAAGAUGACCAAGCAGCCGCCCAAGAAGAAAAAAGCACCAGCCUCACGGGAAAAGAAGGUGACGCGCACCAUCAUGGCCAUCCUGGUGGCGUUUGUGGCUACCUGGACGCCCUACAACGUGAUGGUCCUUAUCAACACCUUCUGUUCCAGCUGCAUUCCCAACACGAUGUGGACCAUCGGAUACUGGCUCUGUUACAUCAACAGCACCAUCAACCCCGCCUGCUACGCCCUCUGCAACAUCACCUUCAAAAAGACCUUCAAACAUCUGCUGCUCUGCCAGUACAAAAACAUACGCUCAGCACGAUGAGCAUCACUAUAGUGUGGAUGUGUGCAUGCAUUAUAAUAUUUUGCCUGUGUUUUGAUGAUAAAAGAUGUAUACAUGAGGAGAGAUAGCAGGGGAAGUGACAGUAAAGGGGCGUUCACACCUGAUCACGUAAAUUUACAUGCACGUUCUUACACUUGCAACUCGUAGGGUCCUGUAAACACCUUAAACGGUUUUCCUUUAUCGUUUUUACCAGCUUAUCUAAUGUGCGCAUGACUGUUUACAGCAGAGUGAUUCAAAUCUCAUUGCGUUGUUAUUUUUUUUAAUAAGCUGAUUUUUGAUAGUUGUCAUUAUAUUGCUGUUCAAGUAAAUGUGCUCCCUGACAAAUGAUUAAAUCGCAUUCCAACUCAACUGCAGUAUUCAAACAUAUCCAGAAGCAGAUCGCUGUCUGCGCUCCCACUGUAGUCGCCACAUUAUGUUGCUACUUAUUGCAAAAAGUUAAACUCUGCUUAACUAUAUCACAUCGCCAAAGGUGGCGGUCACUCAUGUCGCCUCAAAUCGCCAACCUUCAUUGAAAAUGAAGGACUUCAGGCCCAUGCAAAUUGCUGUCAGUGUGAAUGCCCCUUAAAGCAGUCGCAAUUCAAACAGAGAUUGGAAAGUUGUGUAACCAGUAGGCCUGCAUGAAAUCUGUGCCAGCUGAAGGGUCCUUUGGGUUUAAUUUAUUACAUUUUUUGGCAAGUUUGAUUAUGCCCUCAGCUUCCAAUAAGACUGUAUUACUCUGCACCCCAUUGAAAAAUCGAACCCACAAAUUUCCCCCUAAAAUCAGUGCAGGAAAUGUGAAUGAAAGUCUUCAGAUUUCGUGCAGGCCUGAUAAUAGGUAUUGCUUAGAGGGUCUGGUAGGUGUGUGUUUAAAUUCAGUGGGGGGGUUUUCUAUAGAUGUAGCACUUUACAAAUGUAGAGGUGAUGCAUGUUACAAAAUGAGGGGGAAAAAGUGCUAAAAUAUUUGAUUUAUAAAAAAAGAAAUUGAAACAUAAAAAAAUGAACAUAUAAAUAGUUAGAUUAGAGUCUGUACUAUUUAAUAAUACACAAACAAGGGGACAACAGGGCUGACUGAAGAUCCAAACCAAAUGUGCUUGAGCUUCAGUAUAAAAUCAUACCUGUACAUAAGUGUACAUAAUGUACUGUAUUUGUGUUGUGUGUGUGGAAGCAUGCUGGAUGAUGUCGGCGUUUGAGAUUGAAAGCUAGUUUCAAGUCAACAUGAAACAAUGUUCACAACCCAUUUAUUUCCAUGAAAGUGUCAAUUUCAGAGUAAAACAUAAUAUUCAACAAGAACAAAUGCAGAGCAGGACUUAAUUCAUUGGAUCCUGAAACAUGGGAGUUACAUGCCAGAAUGAAGCCAGGCGGUUGAAUCUAAUGGGUUGAAAAACGAGGAUUUGCGACAUUCUGCAAAAAGAAAAGUGAUUUGAUCUUUUUGAUGAAAUAUUACGAAGACAAUAUUUUACAUUUGGAAUAAAGAAAGUAAAUAGGGUCAGUUUUGAUUUCAUGUUGACUUCAAAGCUUAUGUUAAAAGGAAGUGUCUGAUUACGCAACUAGCUAAGACAGAUAGCUGGUUGCAGUGUUUAUUUGAGUGUGUGUGUGUGCGCGCACGCUCUCCGCGAGCAAUUAGAGAGUUGAAGAGGCUCUCUGGUGUGCCUGUAUGUUAAAGUGGAUGAGUUUUGAGUGCUCGGGGUCUCCAGGGAUGGAAAUUUAAAGCUUUUAAAGUGAGCAGACGUGCAGGAUAAAGAGGCUCUUACAUUAGCAUCCACCUCACCUCUACUUUGCAUUUACACAAAACAGUUCACUCACGGGUGCAUGAAAAAAGGAAAAUACCAGCUACACAAAAUGAACAGAUUCAAAUUAAAUUAAAUACUAUAAAUCCGGUCAUGAAACUGAAAAAAAUUGUUUCACCUUUUAAAAGGGCAACAACAAAAAAAAGUCCCUUUUAAAAGGGCAAAAAAAAAAAGUCCCUUUUAAAAGGGCAACAAAAAAAAAAGUCCCUUUUAAAAGGACAACAAAAAAAAGAAGUCCCUUUUAAAAGGGCAAAACACUUGCCAACAAUACUUGACACUUAUUGGCUUAGCAAAAACGUAACUUUUUUAUGAUGUUAGUCUGUUUAAACUGUCUUUUUUUUUUUUUUAUUGACAUAAUUUUGAAAUCAUGUCUUUUUAAAGGUGAACUGCACAAAAAAAAAAAAAAAGUUUGCUUUUAAAAUACUUUUCUCAUCCCAGUUUAUUCUUAUCCUAGUUUAUUAUCAUCAAUUUUAAGUCAUUUGUAGUUUGAUAUCCCCGAAAAGUGUAAACACCUUGGAUCUGGGCAUCCCAACCAGCCUGACACAGCAAUACUGAUUCAGCCAAUGACGUUAUAAAAAUAUUUUUAUUUAUAGGACUAAUCAGAACUUCUUUUUGUUUAUUAACAACAAUUACAGUACAUUAUUAAUGUUUUAACAACUUUUAAUUUAAAUAAACUUGUAACAAACAUCACACAAUGUAAUUAUAAUAAAUGCCACAUUUAGAGUAAAUAACAGAGUAAAACUGCAUGUUUAUUUUUUCCUCAAAGCUUAUAACAAGCAUUAACUUUCAUGGUAACUAAAUAAUAAAGUAAUUAGUUAAAGAAAAAUAGAAUCAAUGUUUUUAUGUAAGGGGCUGUUAUUCUUGAUACAAGAUCUUUAUCAGAAGUAUCGAUUCUUUAGGAUCGAUCCGCCAAUCCUAGUAAUGCUAGUGGUGCAGCAAUUACACACUUCACCUUUAAACUAAAUUCGGAUGGUCACAGACACAUUUGGGUGAAACAAAUAAUAGGAAUAUUGGAUUAGAUGCACUUAACAUCUCAAACAAGCCUUUACUGCCUCAUUUUAAAUCACACACAGGAAGCUAAACUGCAUGAUUUGCAUCUCCUUCAGCUGUGUGUGUGCUUUCUGCUGGAACUGAUCUAGUGUACAGAGACGCAGUUGCAUCCUCAUGAUCUGAUCACGUUCUGCUCUCUGGGUGCCUGCGGGUGACAUGUUUGAAGCAGUGUGUUUGUCUUGUGUAUAAUUUGCACUUUUCUUCCAAAGCUCAGUGUGUGUGUGUGUGUGUGUGUGUGUGUGUGUGUGUGUGUGUGUGUUUGUGUGCACAGUACCAUUUCAGACCAUUCUGGCACCCUAGGUGAAAUCCCUAUUGGCGCCCCUCCUCUUUGGUACCCUCCAAGAAGUUGGCACCCUAGGCGAUUGCCUAGUUCGCCUAUGCCUAGAGUUUGUUUGUGUGUGUUUGUGUGUGUUUGUGUGUGUAUUUGUGUGGUGCAUUUUUGUGUUGUGUGUGUGUGUUGUGUGUGUGUGUGUGUGUGUGUGUGUGUGUGUGUGUGUUUGAUUUCCCCGGAAAGGGGUUUAAUAUAAAUCAAAGGUUUUUGCCUUGUGAAAUUAAAGGGCUAAAGUAUAUAAGCUUUCUCAUCUCAUAAUAAGACGCCAUGUCGGCAUUUGUUGUUUUUGAUUCAUUCAAUCAUAUAACAGAAUCAGAGCAGUGGAUCAUGGGAUAUGCCAGUCAAUUGAUCACAGAACCGCAGCUCUCAUAUACUGUAUGACAGUGAUGUACGCUGGGGGAAUUUCUCUUCUGUGAUGGCAGAUGAUGAUUGACGUCAAUGGACUGGCUUGUUUGUGUUGGAUCGUGUACAGUAGAUGGGUUUUUACCAUGUCGGUUUCAGUAAUCGUGCACGAUAAUCUGGAUUCUAAAAGUUUAGCAUGAAAGUUUAGAGUUGAAUGCAUGGUUGUAUCAAAAUUCUUAAAUUAAAUUACCAUAGUAAUCAUAGUUUCAACUAAAAUACAGUAGUCAGUUUUUGUUGUUAUUCUGGCUGUUUGUUAAGCCUCAGUCACCAUUCACUUUCACUGCAUAUUUUUCCCAUACAAUGAGACUGAUUCUGCCUAAAAUCUCCUUUUGUGUCCCACAUAAGAAUAAAAAAGUCAUACGGGUUUGGAACCAAAUGAGGGUAAAUGACAACAGCAUUUUUAUCUUUGCUCAUUCUACCCCAAGUCAGUACUGAAAAAAAAAAAAAAAAAGAAAUAUAUAUUUCUGUACACAUUAAGCACAUAUUAUCCCCUUAUUCUCAUUACCGUAACGUAUCCAAAUGUUUGACAUUUACUGUUUCCAUUGUUUUCAGUGAUGACUGUAAUGCUGUCCCUUUGUUUGUUUUUACAUUAAAAUCAGCAAAAAUGGAAUCAGUACCAAAUGGGGUAUCACUAUGAUGUAUAAAUAUAUAAAUAAAAUUAAAUACUCAUUUUAAAAAUAAAAUUUUUUCACGUUGUUGUAAUGAGAAUAGAAUUAUCUUUUUUUCUCGCGGUAAUGAGAAUCGGAGGGUAAAAUGUUUUCAUUUCACUUUCACGAAAAUAAUGUAGCAAUUUAAAAUAUCUUGAAAAAAAAUCAUAAUUUAAAUAAUUGAUUUUUUUUGUAGCAGUGAUGAGAAUAUCAUAAUGACCAUCUAUUUUUGCUUUGCGGCAGGGGCGGACUGGCCAUCGGGAGAACCGUGACUUUUCCCGAAGGGCCGGCCGCGAAACGGGGCCAAAUGGGCCACAAAACGGCACCGCGAUAUGCAGAAAAGGACAGCAACACCCCCUGUAACUGUUAUGAAAAUAAUGUCUCAAUGUAAAAAAAAAAUCCUAAAUACUAAAGGCCGAAGAAUACUUCGGUUGUUCAGUUGGAACGCGCACAGUAUGUGUGAUGCAAACUUUGUCAUCAGUCUGUGCGGACUGUCCGUGUGCAGCCCAGUCUGAGUCAGUUUGUCUUGUUGAGAAAAUUUCAUGACCAUGUUCGGGUCAUAUUCAAGCCCCGCCCUCCAAAGAAAUGACCAAAUACACAAAAUGAUUCGCCUUUCUGAUUGGCUAGAUUUCUGAUUGCAUUUUUUUUUAAAAAGUACGGGCUGCAUAUUUACUAACAUAAUCUCUUUAAAAAAUUCGAUUUUUUUUCCAAGCUACAAAAAAAUAAAUAAAAAAAUAAUAAUCAUUUAUUUACCAGCAUUAUGGUGUUUAACAUCUUUCAGGGUUUACUGGAGUUACGUCGUCAUGGAAACAAAGUUGUAAAAUUGGAUAUAACUUUAUACAGGUGUGGUUAGAAAGCGAUUUUAUCACACAAAAGCUGUCAACACAUAUAUUGUUUACGUCUUGUGGCUAUACUUUUGAAACAGUGAGUAUUUUAAUGUUUAUGGUCUGGCCCCAUUCACUUCCAUUGUAAGCGACCUACUGUAACCGUGACGUUCUGCUUUUUUAAAUAGACAAAGGCGAUCAACAUUAUGUUGACUGAACUUAACUUGUAUCAAAACCAGAACAUUCUUUUAAUUGUCAUAAAAAUUAUGUCAAAAAAUCUUAGUGGUCCUUUAUGCAAAAUGUAAAUCCUUUGAUUUUGAGGUGAAAUAUGACCUCAACAUUUGGGUGAGAUUUACCCUGUCAGUGUGUGCUUGUCUGUCAACUUCAGAUCUCUCUAUAAGUGGACGUGGACGGGUGUGUGGUUAAUCUCUGAGAUGUAGGUCAGAGGUCGUGAGAUGUGCACUGGUGUCACUGAUUGUGGGUGUUAUUAGCUGCAUGCGGGACAGAUAGCGAAGGUGUCAGAGUGAGCAUCAAGCAUGCAGCGCUCUCCGAGUUACAUGCCCCACACUGCAACCCCAUCCUUAAAUGGGGCGACACCCGUCUGACUCACUAAGUCUUUUAGAGAGAGAACUGAGAGAGUGUGAGAGAAGAUAAGAUUAUCUUUAGCAAAGAAGAGUGAGACUAAAAGCCCUCCAGGGAAUAGAGAGAGAGAGAGAGAGAGAGAGAGUCACCUUGAAAAGCCAGUAUUGUCCCAGCGGUCUGUGAUGCUACUGUUACAACCUUUAUCUUUGUACUAUUAAAAUAACUAUUUAAAGGCAUAGUUCACCCAAUAAUGAAAAUGAGCCUAUCUUAUCAUUUACUCACCCUCAUGCCCUUUCCGUAUGACUUUCUUUCUUCUGCAGAAGAUGUUUUGAAGAACAUAUGAGAUGUUUAUGUCUAUACAAUGCAAGUCAAUGGGGUCCAAACUUUUCAAGCUCCAAAAAGCACAUAAAGGCAGCAUAAAGGUAAUCCAUACAACUGGAGUGUUUUAAUCCAUGUUCUCUGAAGCGAUACGAUCAUUUUGUGUGAGAAACAGACCAAUAUUUAGGACCUUCUUCAUUAUAAAUCUUGACAUACGGCCCUAUUGGAACACAGUGCAUGCUUUAAGACUGAUUGUUUUGACGCUGCACAUGUUUGCAAGGUUCUCAAUCAAACCCGGUAUCAUUAUGCAUCGAUAAGACGUUUCAUAAAAUUUUCUGCUUUUCAUCAACCUUUUUGCAACUGCGGAACAUUUUAAAAGAAUCCCAGAAAAAACACAACUCGCAACUCUUAGUGCAUCUUAGUGCAUUUUCAAGGCGUGAAAACCACGAACCUGGCAUCACUGUGUCUGGUUUGUGUACAGCGCUCUGCGCAUGCGUCAAGCAUAGAAAGUGUGUAAACGAGCUUCUCUCAUGAACGCACCAGAGACCGCAGAUGUUAACAAGGACUUGAUUUUUGGUUUGUUUCUCACCCAAACUAUCAUAUUGCUUCAGAAGACAUGGAUUAAACCACUUAAGUCGUAUGUAGUACUUUUAUGCUACCUUUAUGUGCUUUUGGGAGCUUGAAAGUUUUAAACCCCAUUGACUUGCAUUGUAUGGACAAAAACACCGUAUACUUCCUUCAAAAUAUCUUCCUUUGUGUUCUGCAAAAAAAAGAAAGAAAGUCAUACGAGUUUGGAGUGGCAUGAGGGUGAGUAAAUGUUUAAAUGAGAAUAAUCACUUUGGGUGAACUGUUCCUUUAAGAGAAAAAAUGCUAAAAGGUGUUUAAAAAUCAAAAACUUCAAGGAAGCUCGUAAAAUAUACACUUUGGGAUUGUGCAUACUAAUGAAAAAUGUCCUUGUUAUUUGUUACCCCAAAAUCAUCAUCAUCAUCAUCAUCAUCAUCAUCAUCAUCAUCAUCCUAAUAACUGAAAGCACAAUUCUUAUACGGUAAAAGGGCUUGAAUGUAUUUUCAUGUUACGUUUACUCAAUAUACAGUAACAAAAAUGUUAUUCUGCUGUUCUCUGUACUUGUUUAUGUAAAAAAGCAUUACACUAAAAAAAAAAGAGUACAAUCUUUUAUCAUUUAUAAUAAUAUAUUAUUUAUAGUAGAUAAUUUUAGUUUAGCUGUAAAUAUAUUUUUUUGAAAUACUUCCCGAGUACAACAAUGUAAUGCAUGCUGAUAUCUGUUGUGUGUGUUAUGUGUGUGUGUGUGUGUGUGUGUGUGUGUGGUCACACACAUGUUGUUUAUAUGAUUUGCAGGCCCAUGACCCAGAGAUCAGUGCAGAGAAAGUGUUUACGUGUGUGUUAUCCCUGGAGCCCCUCAAGUCUCUUACGUGUGCUUCUUGCAUGGUAUGUAACUGCAGUGUGUGUACAUAGUGUGUAUCUAUCAGUAUGUGUGUUUGCAAAGAUACAUUUUCUAAGUGUGGACAGUCAUUGUGUGUGAAUCUCAAAUUUAGCGUGUGAUGGAGGUCACGCGCGCUCACACAGCCGUUAUGCAGCACAACGGCAGCCAAAGACACACUAAUACCAACAUACAGUCUAAUACACAACAUACAAAAUACUAAAACCCAGAUAAGCAGACUUUAUGAAAAUAUAGAUAUGCUUUUAUUUAAUGUUUUUAUCAAUAUCAAUAUGUAAAGUGAUUCUGUAUGAAACAUGUACAAAGUGGGAAUCGCAGUCUGAUCGGAUUGCCGCACAAAUGAACCAAGCCAUACGGUGACAUUAAACCAGCCGGAAAAUGGCAUGAAAAAAAUCGAAAUGACUUCAUGGAAGUUGGUGGUGGCCAUAGCAACAAAAACAGACUUUUUCCACACUUGCUUGACUUCAAAGUUGUUGUUGUUUUUCUUUUCUUGGUUUAUUAAUAGCAAGUUGGCAAGGAAAUACUUCAGAGGACUGUGCUUCAAGCUAGUGGCGUAGCCAAGGGUGGGCAGGGGUGGGCCUGGGUCCACCCAAAUUAGACCCAGGCCCACCCAGAGUAUUGGAGAUUGUUCUAUGACUUCCUAUAUAGAUUUAUAAAAUGGUUAAAAAAAUGCAUAAAUUCUGAUUUCUAAAAUUGUGAAAGAACACAAGGACAAUUUGGUAAAAAAAAAAAAAAUGGGGCGAACAUUUGCCCCAUCCAUUUUUAGAGGCCCACCCAAAAGUAAUUUCCUGCCCACGCCCUUGCUUCAAGCUCAGAAACAUACUUUACGUAAGUGCGCAGUUGCAAUCGCAAACCAGCUGAAUGAGUCUUAUUUUCCGACUAGCUUUACCUCUAUUCUUCAUCAAGAGCACAAAAAUUCAUAAAAACUAAACAUAGUCAAAAUUCACUUGUCAAACUGAAUUACGACAAUUACCAAGAUUCUUUAAUUGACACGCCCAAACUCAGAAAGUCGAGACUCGUAAAUAUGAUCAUUCCGACAGGUGGCUUACUAAACAUGUCAACAGUUUAACUAACUCACUUACCGUCCACUGCAAGAUUUUCCUUAAUCUGUUGUUGCCAUGCCACGACAGUAGUCGACGAGUCGACUGUACGAGAAAACUGACCGUAGCAGUUUACACACUUGCUCCUAUAGCGGCCCCUUGUGGCAAUGCUGAGAAUGCAAUGUGUUUGUAAUUAGUAUGGAGCUUGCAUAGAAGCAUCUGUGUUCACUUGUGUAUAGUAUGUUCUGGGUUUAAAGGGAUAGUACACCCAUAAAUGAAAAUUCCCUCAUCAUUUACUCACCCUCAUGCCAUCCCAGAUGUGUGACAUUUUUCUUCUGCUGAACACAAAUGAAGAUUUUUUGAGGAAUAUCUCAGCUCUGUAGUGAAUGGUGACCAGAACUUUGAAGAUCUAAAUAUCACAUAAAGGCAGUGUUAAACUGAUAUCCACACAACUCCAGUGGUUUAAUCAAUGUCUUUUGAAUUGAUCCAAUCGGUUUCGGGAUUAUUUUUAUGCUGCCUUUGUGUGAUAUUUGGAUCUUCAAAGUCUGGUCACCAUUCACUUGCAUUGUAUGGACCUACAGCGCUGAAAUAUUCUUCUAAAAAUCUUCAUGUGUGUUCUGCAGGAGAAAGAAAGUCAUACAAAUCUGGGAUGGCAUGAGUGUGAGUAAAUGAUGACAGAAUUUCCAUUUUUGGGUGAACUAUUCCUUUAAGGGGCUGUUCACUCCGGACAGGAGGUCUUGCGUUCAAAAACAAAUAAGAGAAUAAUCAAACCGAAUGUAAGUGUCUCAGGUCGUGUUUUUAAAAGUUAAACUACGACACUGUGUACAGCGUGGCUAUUGUGCCACAAGACACCUAAAAACAACGGCCAAAGAUGUCUGUUUGAUGCAUGCAACGCACAAAGACCAACAAUUAAAAAAUAGCGCAGACGGAACGCAAGACGUAUCGUGUGUGAACCACCCCUAAAGUGUGUCUGCAUUCUAAUGCCUCGUACCUGAGGCACGAAUUUCUAUCAAUAUACCAAAAAAUUAUUUUUAAAAAAUUCAGCUGGUUUUCAGGUCAUUCUGAGGGUGUUGGCGGGUGAAAUUGUGUGGGACAGCGCCUCCCAGAGGCCGGUGUAAAUACUGAAAAAUAUUUUGUGUCGUGGUUUCUAUUCAGUGAGUUGUUGCUUCCAUUCAGUAGAUUUGUGGGUUUGUUAUCAGCUUAAUGUUUGUAUGAUAUAUAUAUAUAGUCGACAUUCUAUAUGUGUAGCACAGCUGAAGUGUAAAUACAUGUGUUUAUUAAUUAAUAUGAAUGUUCUUGAACUUUAUUAGGGUACAGAAUUCGGGAUUGUAUUUCACUGAUCGCGAUGAAACAGUAACAAAGUGUAUUUAUAAGAUUUGCUGUGUUGUGUGAUUUACUUUUAAAGAAGAAUUCUAGCAAAUAAAAGUGUUACGAUAAA